CACAGUAACAUUUCCUCUCUGCCUGCUUUUAGGUUUUCAACAAAUUUAUCAUGACAAAAAGAAUCGAUUCCUUCUUUAUCCGUUAGAUUAUUAGUAAACUGGUAUUUAGCUGUGGGUCUGAGCGCAAGAAGGCGAUGCUUUCCAAAAAGCUCCUACUGACUCCUUGUACUCCCCUGGAGGCAAAAUCCCGCCGCUGAUUCUCCUUAAUUCUGGACUGGAGAGAUGGAAAAAGUGCUCAGUUAAGUAGCUCAGUGGCUGCCAUGGCUGAAAGGUCAAACUUUGGGAGUCAGAAAGUCUCCCGUCCCCAGGGCUCCCUUCCGCCCGAACCUAUUGACAUCAUUCGAAUCAAAGCACGCUCAAAAAGAGUCCGAAUCAAUGUAGGUGGCCUGGUCCACGAGGUCCUGUGGCGGACUUUGGACCGCCUGCCUCGCACAAGACUUGGAAAGCUGAGAGACUGCAACACCCACGACACCUUAAUGGAGAUCUGCGAUGACUACAGCAUCAACGAGAACGAGUACUUCUUUGACAGACACCCGGGUGCCUUCUCCUCCAUCUUAAACUUUUACAGAACGGGCAAGCUGCACAUGAUGGAGGAGAUGUGUGCGCUGUCGUUUGGCCAGGAGCUUGACUACUGGGGCAUCGAUGAGAUCUACCUGGAGUCAUGUUGCCAGGCGCGAUACCACCAGAAGAAGGAGCAGAUGAACGAGGAGCUGAGGCGCGAGGCUGAGACCCUGAGGGAGAAGGAGGGGGAUGAGUCAGAUACGGGAUGCUGCCCGGAUAAAAGGAAGAAGCUGUGGGAUCUGCUGGAGAAACCCAGCUCUUCUGUAGCAGCAAAGAUCCUGGCAAUAAUAUCCAUCCUGUUCAUCAUCCUGUCCACUAUCGCCCUGUCACUGAACACCUUACCUGACUUACAAGUCAUCGACGAGUUCGGACAGUCGAAUGACAACCCAAACCUUGCCCAUGUAGAAGCUGUGUGCAUAGCGUGGUUCACCAUGGAGUACCUCCUUCGGUUUCUGUCUUCACCCAACAAGUGGAAGUUUUUCAAAGGCCCUCUGAAUGUUAUUGACCUACUGGCCAUACUUCCCUACUAUAUCACUAUAUUUCUCACAGAGUCCAAUAAGAGCGUUCUCCAGUUCCAGAAUGUACGCAGGGUGGUCCAGAUAUUCCGUAUCAUGAGAAUACUCAGGAUCCUGAAACUGGCCAGACACUCAACAGGCCUUCAGUCACUGGGAUUCACGCUCAGGAGGAGCUACAAUGAACUGGGUUUGCUGAUCUUGUUCUUAGCAAUGGGAAUCAUGAUCUUCUCCAGUCUGGUGUUCUUUGCUGAGAAAGAUGAAGACGCCACCAAAUUUACCAGCAUUCCAGCAUCCUUCUGGUGGGCCACAAUUACAAUGACAACUGUGGGUUACGGUGAUAUAUACCCACAAACGCUUUUGGGUAAAAUUGUUGGUGGGCUUUGUUGUAUUGCUGGUGUUCUGGUGAUUGCCUUGCCGAUCCCUAUUAUUGUGAACAACUUCUCAGAGUUCUACAAAGAGCAGAAGAGGCAGGAGAAAGCCAUCAAGCGUAGAGAAGCAUUGGAACGGGCGAGGCGAAAUGGCAGCAUUGUAUCAAUGAAUAUGAAGGAUUCAUUUGUGCGUCACAUGGAAUUGGUAGAUGUUGUUAUUGAAAAGAAUGAAGAGAAACCCUCGGACAACCACCUUUCUCCAAGUCGAUGGGCCCAUCAGAAAAGCCCCUGUAGUGCCUCUAAAUCCUAUGACACUAAAUAUCAGGAAGUGAUGCAGUUAAGGUCUCCAGAGAAAGGUAUCAAUCCAUGCUCAAGCCCACAGCGAUUAAACGCAAAAUCUCUGGAACAAAUGUAUAACCAAAUGGCAAUGACUCCCAGUGCAUUGGCUCCAAAAGAAUGCGGCAGGAUUGGCAGGGAGGAGAGUCUGGAGAUGAAGGUGGUUCAGUCAGAACCAAUAAUGAAGGAACGUCCUGUUACUGAGAUCAGAAGUGUGUCAAGUAUCGACAGUUUUGCAAGCUGCUCCACAGACAUAAGUGAAGUAGAGAAAACGGCUCUGCUCCCCAAUGUGUUCCAGUCAAGACACCCUCGUGCUCCUCCUCCUCUAGAUCUGAGUCAGAUCACCUCCUUAAAUGCAAAGGCAGCUGAAAAGUCAAAGCAGCCCCCAAUCAUCAAGGAGGGUCUCUAUGAGUUCAUCCAGUACAAGCCAGAGGGCAGUGCCCGAUCUCAAGGGGAGGAAAACCAGAGCUUUGAUAUGAGCAGCGAAAGUGUAACAGGCUCUCCAAAAAGACAUGCCAAAGGACUCCAAGUAAACUUCAAAGACUUGGAGCAGCAUGGAGAUGAUUCAUCACCUGGCUUGCAUCUGGUGGUCACAGAUGACACUGUACCAUUAACACCACAUUCUCAGCAAAGUCCCAAGAUCUCAGGAACAGGUUUUGAAGGGGAAGUAGCAAUGAGUUCUCCUGUUUUCACACCAUCAUCUAGUGAGAGCCUGAGAGGGAAGAAUCACAUUGACAAGCCGAUGGUUUCUCCUGCUUCACCUAAAAUUGUGCUGAAUUGUUCCCCUGGCAUGGAGGACACUUCAGACAGCAGUCAAAGUGGGCAGAAGGUCAUCAAUCACCUCCUCUCUCCAGACAUUCUCAAAUCGACUGGGGAUGGGAAUCUCUCGCCACCAUGUGAACCCAGCAUGUAAUACUAACCAGGCCCUUUAGAUACCUGUGGACUGACUAUAAAUCAAGUCAUUAAUAGGGAAGAGGUAAAUGGAGUCUCUGGUGUAGCAAAUCUCUAUAAGGCACACAGACUCUGAUAUUGCUAAGAGACCCUUCUUUAGCUUUGGACAACAGGAUAUAUUUAAUUAUGGAUGAUGGAACUGCAUUCCCACAGAGGAAGAUACUUGUACUUGAUACUGUAAUGACCUGUUGUGAAGGAAGGACAAUAAUGAAACUUGUCCUGUCUUAUUAUGUGUUGAUUGCAGUUCUUGAUUUGGAUCAGUAACUUCUGGGAACUGUACUGCUGUACUCCAGAUCUACUCCUGAUCUACAGAAGUACAAUUGAAUAGAAUUACUGCCGAGCCUGACAUACUGACAUGCUGUCAAGUCUCCACCCCAUAAGUAAUGACAUAUGGCUCAAUGUGUGAACUAUCCAGUUUAGAUUAGCUUGGGUUGACUAGUAGUCUAUUCACUGAUAUCAAAAGUAAAACCGGUGUAUGCAAGUUAGUUCAUAGGACAUGAAUAUGAUGAUGCAUUUAAAUGUUCUCAAAAAUGCCUUCAUGAGGUGAUCUCCUCCUGAUCGCUAAGCUUACAUGUCAGUAUUUUGAGAGUUGCUCUAACUACAUUCUGGUUCAAAAAAGGCACAAUUUACAAGACCAAAAAGAACAGCAAGAUAUUUACAAAAUAUUCAUCUACCUACAUUAGCAUGCUAGUCUUCAUCUGUUCAGCGCAUUUACGGAGUGGAAACGAUGCAUGUACAUUAUACCAGUUGUCCAGCACAUUUUAACACUGUGGACAAAACUUGCUGUAAGAAGUCUUGCCUUUUAUAAAAUAUCUGUAUUACUUAUAUAGUGGUGGACAAUGCAGCGCCUCCUGCUGGAUACAAAACAUCACUUUAUAUUAAUGGUAAUGACAGCCAUUAGCACAGAACUUGGCGUCUCCAUAAUCACCAGAGAUAAACAUUUGAAUUACCAACACAUAAAUGCUGGUCUUUAUUUUAUCUGUAUAUACUUGACCUGGUAGUUCGUGAAAUAUAUUACAGAUCACAUGGAUUAUUCUCUCCUAACAAGUGAUUUUGUAAAAGAUCAUUUUGGCAGGACAAACAUUUCCUGCUCCGAGAAUUUAUGAAUUAUGCGUGCCUUGUCAUAAAUAUUUAUGAGAAGGCGUUACAGUAUUUGGCUUACUUCGUAUCAGUCUGUACAGAAAAAAAUUCUAAUUUUUAUAGAGUAAAAUAUGCAAGUACAAUUGAGUUCUCAGGUUUUGUAUAACUUGAAAAGCACUAACGUCAUGGUUUCUUUCUUCAUUAGACACGACUCUAUGUCUCACGUAUUCAUUGCAUCGAUGGAGGAAAUGCAGACACUCCACUCAUAAUCAUGUGUUAGUUCUCGUAUUUACAAUGCAAGAAUUAUUCUAUGUGGAUGAAAACUUCCCGUAAUGGAUAUGUAACCUGCACAAUGUAAAGUGUACAUGACAACUGAAGGCUGUCUUUUCUGCAUUUACUCACAUGCUGAUGUUUUUUUUUUUCCCGAAGCUCAGUUUGUAGAUUCGUGGCAGUGCAACAGUAGUUAAUAUUUAUUGUACAAUAAACUUAAAAAAAAUAGUGACUGGAUUGUUCCAAACACAGUAAAAUAAAUGU